AUGCCUUCCUCUUCCAUUCUUUUCAGCGGCGCCGUAGUCGGCAGCCUUUUCACCCAAGUAGCGCUGGCCUACACGGUGGUACAGAUCCCAUCUUCCUUCAUGAACAAGAACAUCGACCCGAUCAAGUAUCCGGGUGCGUAUGACAAGUCGCACCUGCACUCCUUCUACGGCUCGGACGCCAUCAAGGCCACGACCAACUCCAGCGCCGAGCUGCAGAAAGGGUGCACAAACGCCGACAACGCAAACGACCUCUCCUCCUACUGGGUCCCGACGCUCCUCUACACCAAGGACAGCGGCAAGACCUACGAGCCCGCGCCCUUGUUCCGCUUCAGCGCCUACUACAACCUGGGCGAGACCGAGGCCCAGGUGCCCAUCCCGCAGAACCUCAGGAUGGUGGCCGGCAACGCCGACGCCACGACCGCGGCCGAGAUGCCGGCCGACGCCAAGAUCAGCUGGUUCUGCGAGACCGAGAAGACGAGCAAGGCUGAGGACGUCGAAGACGACGCCAAGCCGUCGGACAACAACUCCACGGCGGCGGUGGACAAGAACGGCUUCCCGUCAAAGACGUGCUCGACGCACCUGCAGACGCUCAUCUACUUCCCGCAGUGCGUCAACAACGUCACGCUCCAGACGGCCUACAAGUCCAAGACGUACGGCACCGAAAACUACUGCCCCAAGGGCAUGUACAGCAUGCCUCAGCUCCGCUUCAGCAUCCGCUACGACCUGCGCAAGGCCCUGCCCAACGGCUGGGACGGCGAGGCGCCGCUGCGCCAGGCCUGCGGAGGCAACAUCUUCUGCUCGCACGCCGACUUCAUCAACGGCUGGACAAAGAUGGCGGCCGAGAACAUGCUCGCCACCACGAAGGAGAAGCAGCACUUUAGCCUCGUCACGGGCGACCGCGUCAAGACGAACUGCACGCAGCACGACGCCGACCCCAAACACGGCACCAGCGACUAUGCCGAGAGCCUCAAGCUGAUGGGCAAGCGAUCCGUUGAGGCCGUCGGGUGGUCUUCGCACAGCAGGAUGGUCAAGCUGUGA